AUGGCAGUUCUUAGGGAGGAUGAUGAUGAAGAUGGGUUUCUGUCCCACUUGGCUAGCAGACAGGAAGCUAAACAAAUGAAAGGGAUGUUUGCUGCUUACGAAAGAGCUUCAGGCCAGGCCAUCAACUAUGAGAAGUCUGCAGUUUUCUUUAGUGCAAACACAAACAAAGAGCUGAGAAAGGACAUAUGUGCUGAGCUGGGAAAUAUGAAGGAGGCUGCAAGUGGAAAAUACCUAGGACUACCUAUGCUGAUAGGUAGAUCAAAGCAACAGGUAUUCGGCUAUAUUAAGCACAAGGUGCAAGGCAAGCUACAAGGGCGGAAAAGGAACUUGUUAAGUCACGCAGGAAAGGAGAUUCUGAUCAAGUCUGUGGCAAUGGCACUUCCCACGUAUACCAUGUCAUGUUUCAAGCUUCCAAAAGUGCUGUGUAAGGAUAUAAGUAAGAUGAUAGCUACAUUCUGGUGGGGAGGUGGAGAGAAUGAGAGGAAAAUGCAUUGGACUAGCUGGAACAAGAUGUCGCAGGUAAAGGGUAAGAGGGGACUGGGAUUUAGAGAUUUAGAAAAGUUCAAUGAAGCACUUUUAGCUAAGCAACUGUGGAGAAUACUCACCAAUCCAGAUUUGCUUAUGAGUAAGGAUAAUUGGAUACAAGGGAUUGAGGAUGGAUGGAUUAAAACUAGAAGAGAUCCACGGUGCACACUAAGGAAAGUAGAUGAACUGAUAGCAGAUGGAGAUUGGAACCAGGAAAUACUGAAUCGCUUGUUUAUAGCAGAGGAUGUCCAAAAGAUCAAGGCUAUUCCACUCAGUAUAACAGGCUGCCAGGAUAGAUUGUAUUGGCGAUACACCAAAGCAGGUGUGUUUACGGUGAAAUCUGCCUAUGAUGUGGCAAUGGAAAUAAGGCAGCGCCAGCACAUGGAAAGGCUGAAGGGAGAUAGUGGAAGCACGAGCUAUGAUCAACAGAACUCAAAAAUCUAG